GUCAGCCACAAAGAAGAAUCUCUCACGACAUGCCGUAAAUCGACUCUACGAGUGAAACCGAUACCGAUGUUGUUUUGCUUGUUGUUUAAACCAGAAACUCUCUAUUUACUUGAGUCCACGGGUUUGUCCGGUGAGUCUGUCCCGUCAAAGCGAUGCUGGUCACCGUCUUCUGUGCGCCCAGGGACCGUCCCGAGACCAUCUUUUCCCUUGACGUGUCCCCUGAGCUGGAGCUCAGAGACUUCGUGGCACUUUGUGAAAUAGAGUCGGGCAUCCCAGCGGCAGAGAUCCAGAUAGUCUAUGUAGAACAGCAAUUAAAAGACCCCACCCGUGCCUUGGGGAACUAUGGAGUAAAGGAUGGAGAUGUGGUGGAGCUCAGACAAGCUGAGCGACGACCGCCACCCACGCAACCAGCCUUUCCAGGUUUGCCCCACAUUGACUUCCGCUCCAUCACCGUCCCGGGCACCUCGGGCUCAAAUAGCCAGCGUAAUGCGCCUGUGAGGCCUCCACAACAGCCACAGCGCAGUGCACAGCCUUCCACACCCAUGGCCUUCCGCGGCUCCUCUUCUCAGGGGCUGGACGACCCUGCCUUACUCCAGCAGAUGCUGUUAGCCAGUCCACACGAGCUGUCCCUGCUCAAAGAGAGGAACCCUCCACUUGCAGAGGCUCUGCUCAGUGGAGAUCUAGAAAGAUUUACAAAGGUAUAUUUGGAGCAACAGCAGGAUAGAGCCAGAAGAGAACAAGAACGAAUCAGACUUCUCACAGCAGAUCCAUUUGAUUUAGAAGCUCAGGCUAAAAUUGAGGAGGACAUUAGACAGAACAAUGUAGAAGAAAAUAUGACAAUUGCAAUGGAGGAGGCUCCAGAAAGUUUUGGUCAAGUAGUAAUGCUUUACAUCAACUGUAAAGUCAAUGGACAUCCGGUAAAAGCCUUUGUUGACUCAGGAGCUCAGAUGACCAUCAUGAGCCAAGCCUGCGCCGAGCGCUGUAACAUCAUGCGGCUGGUGGACCGGCGCUGGGCUGGCAUCGCCAAAGGAGUGGGUACCCAGAAAAUCAUCGGCAGGGUCCAUCUGGCUCAGGUCCAGAUUGAGGGAGACUUUUUGCCUUGUUCUUUCUCCAUUCUGGAGGAUCAGCCAAUGGAUAUGCUUCUGGGUUUGGACAUGCUCAAGAGACAUCAGUGUUCCAUUGACUUGAAAAAGAAUGUGCUUCUAAUAGGCACCACCGGCACAGAGACUCGGUUCCUGGCGGAGGCUGAAUUGCCGGAGUGUGCCCGUCUGGCGUACGGAGCAGAGGGUCGAGAGGAGGCCCGUCCAGAGGAGAUUGCAGACCGGGAACUGGCCGAGGCGCUGCAGCGGUCCAUACAGGAGAGCGGACAGCACUGAUGCACUGGAGGCAGCAGGAGAGGGCCCUACCAACAAGACACUGCAGAUGGACAAACUACCUCACCCCAGCUCCCAACUCCAGUCUCAUUACCCAAAACGUUAAACCAAAUGUCGUCCACUUAUCCAGAGAAAACCCCAAGUCCAACUCCUGGAUCAUCAUCUAUGGUCCCUGUAGAGUCAACCUUAUCAACAGGUCAAAACCAGGAUUUAGACCAACCUGGACCAUCUCAGAGCCAUACUGCCCCACUGUCCCAUCAGAUUGACUCCAGUUCCCCUACAGCUAGUCCAAAUACUACAGAUGCCCUCCCCACAUCUCCCAUGUCUACAGAGGUGGAAGAAGGAUUGGUAGCAGAUCAGGUAUCAAUUGAUGAUGUAAAAAGCACUACAAAUCCAGAGCUUGAUUUGUCUCCUGUGCAGCCAAUGGAGCAGGAGACUCUAAGUGCAGAUGCACCACACCAGCCUGACUCUGUAGAAAUGGCGCCCCCUUCUGUCAGUGAAGGGAGUGUGCCUGAACCAGAGCAUCGCACUCGCACCGAUAGUAUCCCAUCAUUGGCCGCAGCUUUGAAGGAGCUACACGAGCUGAUUGUGUCAAAUAAGUCAAGUGAAAACCGUAGCGCCUCGACUUCUCCACCCCCAAACCCUCCUGUACCGGACAAUCCCGAAACAUGCCAACCUGAAUCAUCUAGUACUGCCAUUUCUCAAACAACUGAUGCCAAAGUUGACCAUCAUACCACUACUAAUAUUUCUACUAUUACUACUACUACCACUGCUGUAUCAGAUGAGGGACUAUCUGAUUGUGUUGAGUUAUCAAGCAAUGAGGGCAAUGUAGAAGAGGAGAUGGGAGAAAGUUUAGAAGAACAGAAAAUACAGCAAUGCCACGAGGAAGAGUCAAGUGUACAAAGUGUACAAGAUAUAACAGAUUUAAGCAAUGUUCCUUUAUCUGAUGUUGGUCAAGAAAUCAUAAGUGAUGACUUUAGGGAAGAUCAUAGUAAGGGUCAAGAUGGAAAAGCUGGGGAAGAAAGGGCUGCUAGCAAUAACAACCUACAAACUGUUAGCCCUUUAAACUUGGAAAAUGAGCAAAAUCCCAUUGUUUCAGAUCCUACCGUAGCCUCUCCUCAAGAAGACCCCCUAGCUUCCAUUUUAGCCCGUCUUUCAUCUCAAAGUGUAACGCCACAAACCAUAGUGGGACGUUUCCCCAUAGAGCACAUUCAGAGGAUCCAGGCGGCGGGUUUUUCAGCCCAGGAGGCAGCAGAGGCGUUGGAGAGGGCCAAUGGAGAGGUAGAGAGAGCCCUCUUCGCUUUACUGGCCCGAAGCAUCAUUGUGCCCACCUAAAUCAGCAGGUUUAUACCAGAGGUGGACAGAUAAGAGUCACAAAAAAUGUUUACUUUAUUAUGCAUGGCCAAACUACCCAUUUAGAAGUUAAAGUACUAUGUUGGAUAUUAUUUAAGUCGGGGCAGUGUAUCAAAACAGCUUGCCGUAUUCACUGCAAAUUUACAACCUGUGGUCUAUGCAUAUUUGGGGGGAAAAUGCUAAGUCUGAACAUAAUUGUUUUUAUUCUUUCAGAUAUUUUUGUUGUUAUUUUUAUUUUGAAUAUUUUAUGUUUUUUAUGAUUAUUGAAGAUUAAUUGCAAUGGCAUUCUAAACGUAUUGAUCAGGUAUUUGUUGGAGACUGGUUUACAUUAUCAUUGCUCUAAAAAGUACAAAUUUGCUAAUAGUAAUGAAUUGUCAAUUACAGUUUGGCUUGAAUAAUAUGAGGUAGGCUAAUACAUGCAUUUUAAAAAUACAGGGCUAUACCUCAAAUGGCAUUUAACCAGAGAACUCACAAUAUUUAAUUAAGUGAGAUUAAUCAAGUUAACAAAAAAUAGAUGACUAAAUAACACACAAAUGAAAAAACAAAUAAUAAAAAUUUAUCAAAACAUUUUUUCCACCUCUGGUCUAGACUGCGUACUGUGAACUGUAAUCUGUACUCUGGGUCUCUGCUGGGAGCUCAUCAAACAGGGAAACAUUUCUUAUAAAAUCGUGUGGAAAUAAACUUUUAUCUGGACUUUGAGUUGUGAGGUAUGUUUGCAUGCAGAUGUUGUGGGUGGCCGCUCACUUUUAUUGUUUUUAGAUUUUAUUUUAUUUUUUUGAGUGUAUAAAUGCCCAAUGGAUGACUUGACAUUACAUUUUCUUGUUUUUCUGUAUAGAGAAAAGAACAGAUUUUUACUCAUACGCUCCCUCUCAGAGUAUUAUUCAGUCAAUGGGCAUUUGGACUAAUUUCAAAAAGUGAAACAUUUAGUGGUUUAAAUUAGCCUUGCGUUUACAGAUUUUUGUAAAGGAUAAUGAAAAGUAUAUUUUUUUUUCCCUGAAUGGCACUGAGAUACCAAAUGAGUGUUCAGAUAUGAUAUAUGGGAUUACUAGUAUAGAAUGGGAAAUUGCAUAAAAUAUCAGAUUUUGUCAAUAUAUUAUUUUCCAUUUUUGCCACAUUUAGUAUCAGUCUAUGUUAAAUUUACAUUGUGUCAAAUCAUUAUAUUUCAUUUGUGUAGUUCUGUUAGAUUAAGGCCAUCUCAUGUUUUCUGUCUUUGUCCAGGAUUUUAUGGCUUUAUGAGUCAAAAAUGUUCAGGCAAAUUGAAUUAUUUACUUUUAUCUUGUAUGAAAUUUUAAAAUUGCAAAUAAAAUGGUAAUAGUAUUUGUACAUUUUGUA